CCCUUAGUUUUGGAAUAUUUAGAUUUCAUUUUAUAAUGCACGCACACAGAAAUCUUCAUCCACAUUCCUACUCAUUCGCUACAUACAUUUAUAUAUUUACGUUUUUGUAAGAUCGAAUUUGGAAUCUAGCAGAUAUUCACGUGAUUCCACUUCACUCUCUAUACCUAUCAAGAUUGCCGUAAUCUCUUCUCUUAACUGUAACCUGUCAAGUGUGAACUCACUCACUCACUCAGUCUCUCACACAAACAAGAUUCAUUUGUAUUAAUUAUUGAUUUCUCCAUUUCUUGAUACUUGAUUCUUCUUCCACCACCGCCAUUAACGUUUUCUGCAGAGACAAAUUAAAUAAAUCCCACUUCUCCUCAAAAUCGAGAAAAAGGGGAAGGAAAUGAGAGGCGUUUUCCUGAAUUUCCUCAUACUCUCCUCCAUUUUCCAGCAAUCCCUAGAGCAGCAGCAGCAGCCAAUCAAAACUGUGGUGGUUUUGGUGUUGGAGAAUCGGUCAUUCGAUCACAUGCUGGGAUGGAUGAAGCAAUCCAUCAACCCCUCAAUCAACGGCGUCACCGGGCGUGAAUGCAACGCCGUCUCAACCAAUUCCACCGACAUAAUCUGCUUCUCCGACGACGCCGAGUUCGUGGAUCCGGACCCGGGCCACUCCUUCGAAGACGUCGCCAAGCAGGUAUUCGGAUCCGCCUCCGUCCCUUCCAUGUCCGGCUUCGCCGAGCAAGCUUCCACCAUAGCCCAAAACCUCUCUCACACCGUCAUGAAAGGCUUCCGCCCGGAAAACGUUCCGAUUUACGCGGAAUUGGUUAAAGAAUUCGCGGUAUUCGACCGGUGGUUCUCGUCGAUCCCCGGCCCGACCCAGCCGAACCGGCUCUUCGCCUACUCCGCCACCUCACACGGCUCCACCAGCCACGUCAAGCGCCAGCUCGCCAGCGGGUAUCCGCAGCAGACCAUUUUCGAGUCGCUGCGGGAGGACCGCUUCGAUUUCGGCAUCUAUUUCCAGAACAUUCCGACGACAUUGUUCUAUCGGAAUUUGAGGAAGCUCAAGUACGUGUCCAAGUUUCACGACUUCGAUCUGCGGUUCAAGAGGGACGCCAGGGCUGGGAAAUUGCCCAAUUUGUGCGUGAUUGAGCCUAGAUACUUCGACAUCAUAGGGUUCCCGGCCAACGACGACCACCCCUCUCACGAUGUCGCGAAUGGGCAGAAGCUGGUGAAGGAGAUAUACGAGACGUUGAGGGGCAGCCCUCAGUGGAACCAGACGCUGUUUGUGAUCACCUACGAUGAGCAUGGCGGUUUCUACGACCAUGUCCAGACGCCCUAUGUCGAUAUCCCCAAUCCAGAUGGGAACACAGGGCCUGCCCCCUUUUUCUUCAAGUUUGAUAGGCUCGGUGUUCGCGUGCCUACAAUCAUGGUGUCUCCUUGGAUCAAGAAAGGGACUGUGAUAAGCAGGCCAAAAGGGCCGGCUAAAAAUUCAGAGUUUGAACACUCGUCUAUUCCAGCAACCAUAAGGAAUAUCUUCAACCUCUCCUCCCACUUCCUCACUCAUAGAGACGCUUGGGCUGGCACCUUUGAGCAAGUUUUCAGCGACCUAACAUCUCCAAGAACUGAUUGCCCCGAGGUUCUGCCUGAUGUGAGUCCCUUGAAGAGCAGUGGAACGGAUGAAAAGAGGGGAUUGUCGGAGUUUCAGAGCGAGAUAGUGCAGCUGGCUGCUGUUCUCAACGGAGAUCACUUCUUGAGCAGCAUCCCGGAUGAUAUAGGGAAGAAGAUGAGCGUUAAGGAAGCUCAUCGAUACGUUAGAGGCGCCGUCUCAAGGUUCUUGAGAGCCAGCAGAGAGGCUACCAAAUUGGGAGCAGACGAAUCCACCAUCGUCGAUAUGCGUUCUUCUCUAACCACGCGACACGCCUGACUUCUUUCUACAUCUCCCAUCUCUGUAUUUAUCACCAUUUUCUAUCUUCUUUCCAACCUUUUUUUUUAUAUUACUAAUUCAUUCAUGCACAAUGCUAAAUUACCACUC